GCAGUAAUGAAAGGAACUAUUUUGUUGUUGACGUGUUUGGUGUAUUGUUCGAAUAUCGGUCCGAUACGUGCCAAUUUACCGAAGGUAUGCUUUGCGGGUUCAUCUUGUGUGGUCGGCCGAUUUAUGAGCGGCUUUGAGAGCUAUUCAUUUGAAGCUUUCUUGGGCAUACCAUACGCCAAACCACCCAUCGACGAUUUGAGAUUUAGCAAUCCUGAAGAAGCUGAACUAUGGGAUGGCACAUUAUCAGUACAAUAUCCUAAGCCUGAUUGUAUACAACGUGAUUAUACCCAUGUAUUAAAACCGAUUAGCGGUUCAGAGGAUUGCCUGUACUUGAACAUAUAUCGCCCCUUGCACAAAGCCGGUGGAGAAUUGCCAGUAAUGUUUUACAUACACGGUGGUGGCUUUUUUAGCGGUUCACCAAGUCCUAGCAAUAUAGGACCCCAAUAUUUUAUGGAUACGAGUGAUGUUAUUCUAGUAGUGCCCGCCUAUCGCUUGGGUCCAUUUGGUUUCCUAUCUACUAACGAUGAAGACAUGACGGGAAAUUAUGGACUUAAAGAUCAGAAAUUAGCUCUACAAUGGGUUCAAAAGUACAUUUCGGCUUUUGGAGGUGAUCCCGAUCGUGUGACUAUUUUCGGUCAUAGUGCUGGCGCUGCAGCAGUCCAUUUACACUUAAUGAAUAACAAUUAUGAGGGUAAUUUAUGAGACCAUAAAGAUGAUACCAAGUAUUGGAAAUUCUGUAAUCUCAACACAUUUUCAGGUCUAUUCAGUAAAGCUAUUAUGAUGAGUGGCGCCGCAAACUCACCAUUCGCUUUACCAUUAAACGAUCCUAGAGAUCAAGUCGUUCAAUUGGCUAAAGCUGCUGGUGUAACAGAAGCUGAAUAUCUAAGUUCCGCUGGCCUAGUUCACGCAUUGCGAUCAAUCAAACCGAAAAUCUUGCUACGAGCUGCCGAUGAUCUUAAAAUUUGGGCUGAGCAACCUGUUACAAUUUUCCGCCCGAAUGUUGAAAAUUACGCCUGGACUGGUGCAUUCUUGAUACGUGAUCCAAGAUUUCCAUACAUAACCUUUGGAACGGGCAAUGACAUACCUUGGAUCGUUGGUAAUGUACCUGCCAAGGGUGAGGGUUUGGUUAUUGCACUUCGAUUGACAACCAAUAAGAAAUUGCAGAAAGAGUUCAAUGAAGAGUUUAGCAAAAGAUUGAGCAUUACAUUGGACUUACCUCUUGCAUGUGACACAGAAGAUGUGAUAGAAUCAUUGGUAACAGAGUAUAUGGAUGGUAAACGAGAAUUGAAUAAUGAAACGAUGGAUGGCUUUUUGGAGCUUUUAGGAGAUGCCUAUUUCGUAUAUCCAACUUUCAAUCUUUUAUUUUAUAAUAUCGAUUCUAAUCGCACUGAUUUUAGGGGAAUAAUAAAUUUUGACUAUCGCGGACCCUAUUCAAAUUCGAAAUUAUUUACGAAUAGCUUAAAAGAUUUUGGCACCGCACACGUUGAUGAUUCGCUGUUCCUGUUUGAAGGGCCACAAGGAGUGUCAUAUGGUUAUUUAAAGAAGUCUCGUGAGGCAGCUUUGGUUAGACGCUAUGUGAGGCUAUAUCAGUCUUUUGCCGAAAAUGGUUAUUCUGAUGAAUUUGCUGAUAUCGAAGAAUGUAAUGAAAUAAAUUUUCCGUAUUGUGAAUAUUUGUCGAUCGUAAAAGAUGAGGAGCCGUUCCAAACUAGCAAAUCUUGGAAUAUUAAACGAAUGGCAUUGUGGGACAAGAUAUAUUAUUAUUAUUUCUAUCGAAUUGGCGCAGUAAUGAAAGGAAUUACUUUGUUGUUAACAUGUUUGGUGUAUUGUUCGAAUAUCGGUCCGAUACGUGCCAAUUUACCGAAGGUAUGCUUUGCGGGUUCAUCUUGUGUGGUCGGUCGAUUUAUGAGCGGCUAUGAGAGCUAUUCAUUUGAAGCUUUCUUGGGCAUACCAUACGCCAAACCACCCAUCGACGAUUUGAGAUUUAGCAAUCCUGAAAAAGCGGAACUAUGGAAUGGCACCUUAUUAGCACAAUAUCCUAAGCCUGAUUGCAUACAACGUGAUUAUAUCAAUAUAUUAAAACCGAUUAGCGGUUCAGAGGAUUGCCUGUACUUGAACAUAUAUCGCCCCUUGCACAAAGCCGGUGGAAAAUUGCCAGUAAUGUUUUACAUACAUGGUGGUGGCUUUUUUAGCGGUUCACCAAGUCCUAGCAGUGUAGGACCCCAAUAUUUUAUGGAUACGAGUGAUGUAAUUCUAGUAGUGCCCGCCUACCGCUUGGGUCCAUUUGGUUUCCUAUCUACUAACGAUGAAGAGAUGACGGGAAAUUUUGGACUUAAGGAUCAGAAAUUAGCUCUAAAAUGGGUUAAAAACUACAUUUCGGCUUUUGGCGGUGAUCCCGACCGUGUGACUAUUUUCGGUCAUAGUGCUGGCGCUGCAGCAGUCCAUUUACACUUAAUGAAUAACAAUAAAGAGGGUAAUUUAUGAGACCAUAAAGACGAUACCAAGUAUUGGAAGCACUGUUACCUCAACACAUUUUCAGGUCUAUUCAGUAACGCUAUUAUGAUGAGUGGCGCCGCAAACUCACCAUUCGCUUUGCCAUUAAACGAUCCUAGAGACCAAGUGGUUCAAUUGGCUAAAGCUGCUGGUGUAAUAGAAGCGGAGAGUCUAAGUUCCGCUGACCUAGUUCAAGCAUUGCGAUCAAUCAAACCGAAAACCUUGCUACGAGCUGCCGAUGAUCUUAAAAUUUGGGCUGAGCAACCAAUUGUAAUUUUUCGUCCGAAUGUUGAAGAUAAGUGCUGGAAUGAUGCAUUUUUAACAAAGAACCCAAGAGAACCAUAUAUACCGUUUGGAACGGACAAUGAUAUACCUUGGAUCGUUGGUAAUGCACCUGCCAAGGGUGAGGGUUUGCCUAUGGCACUUCGGUUGACAACAAAUAAGAAAUUGCGGAAUGAGUUCAAUAAAGAGUUUAGCAAAAGAUUGAGCAUUACAUUGGAUUUACCUCUUGUAUGUGACACAGAAGAUGUGAUACAGUCAUUGGUAAAAGAGUACAUGGAUGGUAACCGAGAAUUGAAUGAUGAAACAUUGGAUGGCUUUUUGGAGCUUUUGGGAGACGCCUAUUUCGUAUACCCAACUUACAGGUUUUUAAGUUAUAAUGUCGAUUCUAACCGCACUGAUUUUAGAGGAAUAAUAAAUUUUGACUAUCGCGGACCCUAUUCGUAUUCGAAAAUAUUUACAAAGAGCUUAAAAAAUUUUGGCACUGCACACGUUGAUGAUUCGCUGUUCCUGUUUCAAGGGCCACGCGGAGUGUCGUAUGGUUAUUUAAAGAAGUCUCGUGAGGCAGCUUUGGUUAGACGCUAUGUGAGGCUGUUUCAGUCUUUUGCCGAAAAUGGUUAUUCAGAUGAAUUUGCUGACAUCGAAGAAUGUAAUGAUUUAAAUUUUCCGAAAUGUGAAUCUUUGUCGAUUGUAAAGAAGGAUGAACCUUUCGAAUCUGGUAUACCGUGGAAUAUUGAACGAAUGGCGUUUUGGGAAUACCUAUAUGAAAUUUGCCAGUUUUGAAUGUUUAUAUAUACAUAUUUUGUAUUUAUAUAUACAUAUGUCCAUGCAUAUACUUUCUUU